UCUCAGGUCGUUUGGUCACCCAGCAGCCAGGACUGUUGGGCUUACCGGCAGGGCCAACGGGGAGGCAUGACACACACUAUGCGCCAAAAAUACGUCAACUGGAUGAUGGAACAUUGAGAAAACAUUGUCAGAAAUUAAUAGUGAAUGAGUGGUGAAAGGAAUGACUUGAUUCCUGGUGUUUGGUGAGCAUUAACAUGUGUUGAAGUUUGUUGCACUGGAAUCUUUCACUUUCGCUGCUUGGACACGAUGCUGCAGCACCUCGGGCUCCGUGCGCUGGGGACGACAGGCGGCUCCCUCUUCUCCUUGGGCCCGCGAUAUCUCUCCAGCUGCUCGGGCUCCGGGCUAACCCACUCCGAGGCGUACAUCGGCGGACGCUGGCUGCAGGCCGAUGGAGCGGCGCGGUUCCCGGUGCAGGAUCCGGCCACCGGGCGGCUGCUGGCCGAGGUGGCGGACUGUGGGCCCCGGGAGACCCGGGAGGCGGUGAGGGCGGCUCAUAGCAGCUUACCGUCUUGGAGGGGGGCAACCAGCAAGGAGCGAAGCAAUUUAUUAAGAAAAUGGUACGAUUUAAUGCUGAAAAACAAAGAUGAGCUUGCGAGACUAAUUACUGCAGAAAAUGGUAAACCCCUGAAGGAAGCCUUAGGUGAAACAUUGUAUGCUGCAUCAUUCCUGGAGUGGUUUUCAGAAGAAGCUCGUCGAGUGUAUGGAGAUGUUGUUCCUACUUCUUUCCCUGACCGUAGGAUCCUAAUUCUGAAGCAGCCAAUAGGAGUAGCAGCUAUUAUAACUCCUUGGAAUUUUCCUAGUGCCAUGCUGACACGAAAGGUUGGGGCAGCUUUGGCAGUAGGCUGUACUGUGGUUGUGAAACCAGCUGAAGAUACUCCUCUGUCUGCAUUGGCACUGGCAGAGCUUGCUGAUCAGGCUGGGAUUCCUGCAGGAGUUUUCAAUGUAAUACCCUCUUCCAAGACCAAAACCCCUUCUGUAGGAGAAGUGCUUUGUACAGAUCCUCUUGUUGCUGCCAUCUCUUUUACUGGUUCCACAGCCACUGGAAAGAUUCUCCUACGCCAAGCAUCUGAUACUGUGAAGAAGGCUUCGAUGGAACUUGGUGGACUGGCUCCCUUCAUUGUCUUUGACAGUGCUGAUCUUGAUCGAGCUGUUGCUGGUGCCAUCGCCUCCAAGUUCCGAAACUCUGGACAAACUUGUGUAUGUGCAAAUCGGUUCCUGGUGCAGGAGGGAAUCCAUGAUAUUUUUGUACAGAAGAUGGUGAAGGCUAUGCAGAGAGAAUUGCGUGUUGGAAAUGGAUUUGACGAACAGUCUACACAAGGUCCCUUAAUCAAUGAAAGUGCAGUGCAAAAGGUGGAAGGUCAGAUAAGUGACGCAGUGUCUCGGGGUGCCAGCAUCGUGACAGGGGGAAAGCGACACAGUUCUGGAGCAACAUUCUUUGAACCAACUCUUCUUUCCAACGUCACAGUGGACAUGCUUUGUGCACAGGAGGAAACAUUUGGACCCUUGGCCCCAGUUCUCAAAUUUCGGACUGAGGAAGAAGCUGUAACUAUAGCUAAUGCUUCCAAUGUGGGUUUGGCUGGUUAUUUUUACUCCAGAGAUCAUGCUCAGAUUUGGAGAGUUGCGGAACAGUUAGAAGUUGGCAUAGUUGGUGUAAAUGAAGGUCUGUUAUCAACCCCUGAGGCACCUUUCGGUGGAGUUAAACAGUCUGGCCUCGGAAGGGAAGGCUCGAAAUAUGGUGUUGAUGAUUACUUGGAAAUCAAGUAUGUUUGUUUUGGAAAUCUAUAAGUCUUGAGGGAUAAAUGUUAAAACUAUAUCAAUCACUGCUUUAGUCUCUCAACUUGGAAAACAACCUUACCAUUGAAAACGUUGAAUUCUUAAACAAAAAUGGUGUCAUUGGCACUUUUUGCUAGUUUGAAGUAUAUUCUCGACAUGAUUUUGAUAAUCUACUUGAUUUACGGGAAAAGCUAUUUCAGCUGAAUUAAUCAUACAGUGUGGAAACAGACCCUUCAGUCCAACUCAUCCGUGCCAAUCAGACAUCCUAAUCUGACCUAAUCCCAUUUGCCAGCAGUUGGCGCAUAUCCAUCUAAACCCCUGAUAUCCAGAUGCCUUUUACUUUGUUACAAUAAAAUCACUAUAUAAUCUAAUUGUAGCUUGUUUUCUCACCUCUUCUGGACAUGUUAAAAUAGAAUCUUUAAACAUGAACACUGGGUUAUACUUCAAAAACUGUAAUGUUUUGGAAAUGUUUGUAAACACUUGUGCAAAGUGGCUAAAAAGUGCUUGUUUGUGAAUUUUAACUUGUGUUCUAAUGUUUAUUAUCUGGUUUUUAAAAGCACUGAAUUCAUGUCAUUAUUUAGUUGUGACGUGCACUGAUGUAACUAUUGAGAGGUAUUUAGUUUCUUUGAGUUUGUCAAUUGUAAAAUAUUCGAGAAAUAAGUCCAGUUAGCAAUGAAUUAUGUUACUUGAUAAUCCAGAUUAUGAUUUACUGCUCUAAUUACAUUAUGGAAAUGUACACUGAAUCUCGUUAAUACCUUGUGGUUAUAUGUAAACUGUGUGUUUUUCUCUUGAGGCAAUAAAUUUAGAAGAAGUUCAAA